ACGUCAGACGCACAUUCGGAAAAGAAGCGCGACCAGAGGCUGCGUUUGUUUGCUACAUUUACUGAGGCUGUCUGCAGGAUGUCUCUGCUGAAGCCCUUCAGCAAGCUGCCCGGUCUGAACUCCGCCAACGUCCUGCUGGUGGAGAGCGAGGAGCAGUUUCAGCAGAGUUUAGCAGACGCUCUGGUGGAGGAGACGGCGUUCACUGUCAAUGUGAGACUGGCUAAGAGUCUUCCUCUGCCCAUGGAGAACGAGGAGAGCCGUCCGAGGAUAGACCUGGUGGUGUUCAUCAUCAACCUGACCUCAGAGCUCAGUUUCCAGUCGGCAGAAGCUUCCAUGAAAUUUUUGGACCCUGGAUAUUUCCUUGGAAAAGUCUGCUUCAUGGUCACUAAUGCUCGUAACGCUGCGGUUCCAAUCGAACGCCUGGACGCCGUCAGAAAGCUGGCUGCGUCGCUGCACUGCCCCCUGCUGUUUGCAGAGGACCAGACACCAGACGGUGUGAACAACGCCACAGAGAGGCUGCUGACCAUCCUGAAGGUGGCAGCCGGCCUUGUUCCCAUGGCUACCGCUCUCUACCUGUCCAACCUGACUCGCUGCACCGUUCCCCCUGAUAUCGACCAGCCGAGUUUCGAUUAGUUCCCCCGGCUGUUUUCUCUGGGGGGAUGUCUUGUCUCGUGUAUAUAUUUAUCUGAAAGGAGUGGACUUUUGCAAACUGACGACACAUCAGCGUGAUAUUUCCUCUUUUCAUUUCACAUCACAUAUUUGUGCUUUGGAUUUUAGCUGCUGAGGUUUCUGUCUUUUUCGCUGCAGUUUUUUGCCCGAUAGUGCACAUCAUAUGAACUGUCUACAGAGAGCGUUUUAACCACUUGUGGAAACAGAAUUUGAUACAAUAGCUCUUAAUAAAUAAAUAAAUAAAUAUAUUGUAACUCACCAUAACCAGGUCAAUGAACAUGUCCUCCUCCUGAUCUGUGAAGAACACCCAAGACAUUGUUGACAUGAUGUCACAGUAGGAAAACAGGUGUAGAUAAUAACAUUAGAUCAGCUGCUUCAGUGUGUCGGGGUCCUGGUACGGGCCCUUUUCACAGCAGCCAUUUUGACAUGUCAUAGCAAAGUAAACAAAGGUGUUUCUGAUGCAAUAAUCAUGGUCCCAGUUUAUUGUAACAGCCAUUCCUGUGAGCCAACACGCACCAUACCAGGGCCUUAAUGCAACAGGGCCCUAGUUAGUGUCAUUAAUUACACCUGUGUUUGUCCUGCUAUGACACGUCUAAAUAGCUGCAGAGCCAUCGUUAAGGUUUUUAACUAACACCUGUGCUUUCCCAACUAUGCCGAGUCAAAAGGCCUUCCUGCAGCAAAUGAUCUUACAAAUAUGUGACCAAUCUGUGUUUGGUCUCUGACAAUUUGACAUGAAGUAGAGUUAUUUAACCAACACAGUGACCUUUUGAACUGUAACUGUAACAGCCAGCUAAUGGCUAAAAUAUAUGUCCUUUUUAUUCAGUACAACCCAUCAAUUAAAGACUCUGCACACUCAUAGAAUACACACAAACUCAGGUGAUUUGAAUUGUUUUUGGCUGAUUAGAUCUCUGGAUUGCAUAUGUUUACACACCGCUCUAUUGACAUGAUGCAAUUUCCAACAUAGCUCUUCUAACUUCCAGUCUGAUCAGCCAGAUUGAAAGCAGCCGUGUGGGGGUGCAGUGCCUUCAAAUGAUACUGUGCUGUGAUAAUAACAAAUAUCAGUCUUCACAUUGUAUAUCAGGGCCAAUAAGAACCUGAUACUUCACAGCUUUAUUCAAAGUCGUAAAAUAUUUCUGUAUUGCACAGUGUAUAUAAUUAUAAUACAGUACAAUAUGCUUUUUAUGUGUGUAUAUAUAGUGUGUAGAGUGCUGUUUUUAACAGUUUAACAGUCAUUA